UCGGCGGUCAGUCGACAGGCAGCCGACAUGAUCCUCCUCGAUGAUAACUUCAGCUCUAUUGAAACGGGCAUCGAGGAAGGCCGAGUGAUCUUUGACAACCUCAAGAAGUCCAUCUGCUACACGCUGAGCUCCAAGGUGCCGGAGAUGAGUCCCUAUCUGCUGUACUUUUUUCUCGGCAUUCCCCUUGGACUGGCGCCUAUUUACAUUUUGUGCAUCGACUUUGGCACUGAUCUCAUUCCGGCGAUCAGCCUCGCCUACGAACGCGCCGAGUCGGACAUUAUGAAGCGGGCGCCGAGGAACACUAAAACGCAGCGGCUGGUCACUGAUAGACUAAUCUCCCUCUCCUACGGUCAGCUGGGAAUGAUCGAGGCGGCCGCCGGUUUCUUCACCUACUUUGUACUGAUGGGCGAGCACGGUUUUCUCCCCAACCGGCUACUUUCCAUUAGGCAAAGCUGGGACUCGCAGGCCGUCGACUCCCUGGAAGAUUCUUAUCAACAAGAGUGGACCUUCAGUCAGCGAAAGUCGCUGGAGUAUGCCACCAACACCGCCUUCUUUGCGACGGUGGUGCUUACAAAGUGGGCGGCGGUGCUGGUGUGCAAGACGAGGAAGCUCUCGUUGCUUCAGCAGGNUUGCAGAAACAACGUCCUCACCUUUUCGCUGGUUUUAGAACUAGCGCUGGUGCUCUUUCUCACCUACACACCCGGCGUCAACAGCAGCCUGAACAUGUAUCCCCUGAAGGCACUUCACUGGCUUUGUCCGCUGCCCUUUCUAGUCUGGAUGCUGGUGCACUGUGAAGUGCAGAAACUGGUCAUGCGGUUGAACAAGCGUGGAUGGGCGGAGAAGGAGUUCUACUACUAA